CACACUGCCCUAAAGGCUAAAGCUCUCCCACUAACUCACUCGCCCUCGAUUUCCCAGGCCCUCGUGGCUGAUACACGGGCUGCGCAACACGACAGCACGGCACGCCGGGGCAUAUCACACCGCAGCGAUGCUGCCCUUUCUGGAGGUCUCGCACCUCCCUUCCUCCUCGCCGUUCUACUCGGCCGUCAUCCAGCCUCUGGGCCUGCGUUACCUGUCUACUGAGGGCGGGCAUUUCCCCUCCAUCGUCUAUGGGAAUACUUCACGGACUGCCCCAGUUUUCCAGAUCCGCCAAGUGGUGUCGAGCAGAGAUCGGCCCCUGAGGACUUCGCGCAUUGUGCUCAGCGCUCCUUCGCCGGCCGCGGCCGACCACGCUUACGAGUUUGCAUUAUUACAGACCAAUCUCAACGGCCCGGACGCCCACCCCAGCUACUCCGCCGAGGGUUACGUGGCUACCGGUGGCGUAUCCGCCCAGCGGACCAGCACGAGAGGUGGCGGGAUCCGCGUGCUUAUAACCGACUUUGAUGGCAACAUGCUUGAGAUUGUCUAUCAACCGCCCCCAGACUGCCCUUCAGACUACGGCCGCUCGACAGUACGCUACACAAAGUCCACCAGCAACGAGGCGAGCCGUAUCCUGGACUGGAAUUACGACCUUGCCUCUUCGUCACUCACCUCCUCUGCCGGUCCCAGUUCCUCGUCGUGCUCGUCUGGUGCGUCUGUCCGCACCGCUUCCCGUCGCCCCCACGCCCGAUACACUGAAGACGACGACCAGUUGCCUCUCGGGCCCAGGCGGAGUGUCACAGCCGGACCCUCUGUCUACGAACCGGCGGUCUCUGCACGGGAGAACUCCAACGGUCUAAGCGCUGGCGCUGUUGUUGGAACCCUACUCGGCGUUGCCGGUGUCGCUCUAGGCGGAGCCUUCGCAUACAACAUGGUCAGGGGCGACAAGAGUCGCGCUUCUCGGCAGGCGUAUGACGUCCCGCCCCUCACACGGUGGUCCACGUACCCAGAGAGGUAUGAUGCAUACUCGGAUCGCAAAGCCCGCUACGCCGACGUCGAACGAGGGGUGGAGAAGGUACGCUAUGAAAGCGACUACCCACCUCUUUCUGACUACCGCCGGCCUCCUCCCGAAUACAUCGCUCGGUACAGCGAGGUGGAGUCGUCGCCACGGAGUAAGGAGGCAGACGACGUCUAUGACCACCCGCGGGGCCGUCACCCCUCGUCCAGGCCGCGGGCUUCUUCCUCGCGGCCGCGCAGCGAGUCCGCCAGUUACAGAGAACCGUACGCGGGAGGCGAAGCGGAACGUCGGAGCUAUAUGAGCUCGAGGAGCUCGAGGCAUCCCCCAAUUGUGCAGCGAAGCUACACCUAUGAAGGCCCCGACCUGGACAGCUACGCUUCGGCCAGGAGUCACCGGUCAAACAGUACGGUCCGCGCACCGCCACCAGACCCUUACGCAGCACCAGCCCACUUGAGCUCGCACUCGAGGCUUAGCACCCGUGCAACAACGAGGACCAUCGAGGUUGUAGAGCAGCCCCGAGCUUACAUGCGAGAGGGGAGCUACAUCUCAGGCCGCAAUGCCCCUCUGCCAGACAGCCGGGCCCCAACCUACCUCUCGUCCCGCAAUAUUCCCCUUGCCCACAACCGAGCUACCAGCUAUAUAUCGCCGCGCAGUAUCCCUCUUCCGACCAGUCGGCCCGCCACCUAUGUGUCGGAUCGUCAUGUCCCUCUCCCGGUCAGUCAUGUGCUCAGCGGUCAUGCGAGAUGGGAGGAGGACGACGACGAUGUGGACAGCAUUGCUCCCAGCGAUAGUAUCAGCUGUGUUGGCAGCAGGAGAAGCGGGCGGUACUGAGCAACCCUCGACCGACAUGUUAGUCUUGGGCAGCUCGAGAGGACAAAGUUUCGCUGCAAACGCGUGACGAUUACGCGCAUGACGAUUAGACGCAUGAUAACUCGGUACGACCAGCACAAUAAUGACUUCCUCCAGGGACGAGGCGCUUGGAUCAGUGCAGCGCUAUAUAUAGUCAUU